AUGGCCGAGUACGCACCCGGUACGUCUGGGCAAGAUCGAAAUUCUACUUUCUCAAAUCCAAGUCUCAUCUCGCCACAUUAUACCAACGGCAAUGGGGUCAACUACUUCCAUCCCCAGUUUCCGCCGGCUCACCCUCCAUACUCAGGGGCUGUGCCCUAUACAAGCUAUCCCGCGCACUACAUGCUCAACACGCACGCCUCCAACCCAAUGUAUAACGCGGGAAUGCAGUACCAGCUGGCACCUCCAUCACGAUCGUACGCUCAGAGUAGGACUCUGUCGUACCCACCAUCCACUGGAUAUCACACGACCACGCUGCCGACCCAACGUCUGCAUGCGCCAUCACAGCAUCGUUUGGCAUAUGCCGGAGAAAUUGGACUUGGUAGCGUCGACAUUGAGGCUCAGGACUCUGUCAAUGAAGCCACAGCACUGUCGGAGCCGAUUCUGCCUGUGCUGGAAGGCUACCCUGUUGCAAAGGACUUCGAUCAGAUCGUCCAGCUGUACGUUGAUGAGCUCUCUCCCAAGAAGCGUGACAAGGCUUUGAUCACUGCUCGACGAGCACGCAACAUACGCACUGUCUUGAUGGACACUAAGACCACAAGCGUUGAAUCAGCGCAGUUCAGAUUCUGGGUCAAGAAGAUGUUCUCAUUGGAGCAAAUUGGACCUGCGGGAACGCCUAAAAGCAUUUGCCAUUCCAACAAGCCAGUCGCUGUGCGCGAGAAACUGUUCAAGAUCCUCACUCGCGCACACAAAGCCUGUCAGCAUGGUGGGCGAGACAAGACAUCACUGCAAGUCCGCAGAGUGUAUUCAUGGGUACCGAAAGAGCUGAUCUCUCGCUUCGUCAAAGCAUGCCCAACCUGCAGGAUCCGCCGGCCUUCCCGCGGCGAGGACGUCGAGAUGGCAGGCUGCGAUGACGGCAACCUCUCCGAUGAUGACUGCCCAUCACCAUCAUCACCCGACUCGCGCCUUACCUCUGUUCCAUCAUCCAAGCGCGGCUCCGCAUCCAACGGUAUGCCAGGCUUCAGCGCCACCUUCGCCAAGCAGAACCGCUGGAUGACCGACCUGCCCGAAACCAAGCUCAAAACCGAUUACUACGACACCAAGCCCAAGCACGAAUAUUAUGAUACCAUGAAUUAUGCACAACACGACAACCAUCACGAGCACUACAACAGCAAUCGCAUCAGCCAGCAACUCAGCAACAUGUCGUUUUCGUCUGCUUCUGAUCAUACAUCUCCUACCACUGGAUACCCUUCAAGCAAUGUACGAACAACUAGUUCUAAUUGGCAUACGAACCCGGCGUACUCCGCUUAUUCGGUCAAGGCAGACCGCCAUGGAGAGCACAUCAAACAGGAGCAUCGCAUGUGA